AUGCUGUUUGGAAUAAGUAAUUCUUCUCAAUCUGGUUUUGGUAGCUCUUCAUUUUUGUUUCUAGCAGAAACCGAACAACAGGAGGCAUGCAAAAAAUUCGAAGAUAUCAGUGCAUUGGCGAAGACUGAGCUUAAAGACCUGAAAAAACGCCGUGUAUUGGCGUUUAAGAAAAACCUCGCUGAUCUUGCGGAUCUAGAGAUCAAGCACGCCAAGGUGAGCUUUCUAUUUUUUCGGGCACGGCUUUGUUGGAAAAAAAAUGUUUGCUCUCGAACGGCUCCAAUGAAUGAGAAUGCAAGUUGUACGUAG